AUGGUUGCUUUCACUAUUGAACAAAUCCGUGACUUGAUGGACAAGGUCGCCAAUGUGCGUAACAUGUCCGUCAUUGCUCACGUCGAUCACGGUAAAUCCACCUUGACUGAUUCCCUUGUCCAAAAGGCUGGUAUUAUUUCCGCUGGUAAGGCUGGUGAAGCCAGAUUUAUGGAUACCAGAAAGGAUGAACAAGAAAGAGGUAUUACCAUUAAAUCCACUGCUAUCUCAUUGUACGCUUCAAUGUCUGACGAAGAUGUCAAGGACAUCAAGCAAAAGACCGACGGUAACUCAUUCUUGAUUAACUUGAUUGAUUCACCAGGUCACGUUGAUUUCUCAUCAGAAGUCACUGCUGCUUUGAGAGUCACUGAUGGUGCUUUGGUUGUCGUUGACACUGUUGAAGGUGUCUGUGUCCAAACCGAAACUGUGUUGAGACAAGCUUUGGGUGAAAGAAUUAAGCCAGUUGUCAUCAUUAACAAGGUUGACAGAGCUUUGUUGGAAUUGCAAGUCACCAAGGAAGAUUUGUACCAAUCUUUCUCCAGAACUGUUGAGUCCGUCAACGUCAUCAUCUCUACUUAUGUUGACCCAGUCUUGGGUGACUGUCAAGUCUUCCCAGACAGAGGUACCGUUGCUUUUGGUUCCGGUUUGCACGGUUGGGCCUUCACUGUCAGACAAUUUGCCACCAAGUACUCCAAGAAGUUUGGUGUUGACAGAUCAAAGAUGAUGGAGAGAUUGUGGGGUGACUCUUACUUCAACCCAAAGACCAAGAAAUGGACCAACAAGGACAAGGAUGCUGAUGGAAAGCCAUUGGAGAGAGCUUUCAACAUGUUCGUCUUGGACCCAAUCUUUAGAUUAUUCGCUGCCAUCAUGAACUUCAAGAAGGAUGAAAUCCCAACUUUGUUGGAGAAAUUGGAAAUCUCCUUGAAGGCUGAUGAAAAAGAAUUGGAAGGUAAGGCUUUGUUGAAGGUUGUUAUGAGAAAAUUCUUGCCAGCUGCUGAUGCUUUGUUGGAAAUGAUUGUCUUGCACUUGCCAUCCCCAGUCACUGCUCAAAAAUACAGAGCUGAGACUUUGUACGAAGGUCCAUCAGACGAUCAAUUCUGUAACGCUAUCAGAAACUGUGACCCAACCGCUGACUUGAUGUUGUACGUCUCCAAGAUGGUUCCUACAUCUGAUAAGGGUAGAUUCUACGCUUUCGGAAGAGUCUUUGCCGGUACCGUUAAGUCCGGUCAAAAGGUUAGAAUCCAAGGUCCAAACUACCAAGUUGGUAAGAAGGAUGACUUGUUCUUGAAAUCUAUCCAAAGAACUGUUUUGAUGAUGGGUGGUAAAGUUGAACAAAUUGACGACUGUCCAGCUGGUAACAUUGUUGGUUUGGUUGGUAUUGAUCAAUUCUUGUUGAAAUCAGGUACCUUGACCACUAACGAAGCUGCUCACAACAUGAAGGUUAUGAAAUUCUCAGUCUCCCCAGUUGUGCAAGUUGCUGUUGAAGUUAAGAAUGCUAACGAUUUGCCAAAAUUGGUUGAAGGUUUGAAGAGAUUGUCCAAAUCCGACCCAUGUGUCUUGACCUCUAUGUCCGAGUCUGGUGAGCACAUUGUUGCUGCUACCGGUGAAUUGCACUUGGAAAUUUGUUUGCAAGAUUUGGAGAAUGACCACGCUGGUAUUCCAAUCAAGGUUUCUCCACCAGUUGUUGCUUACAGAGAAACUGUUGAGGGUGAAUCAUCAAUGGUUGCUUUGUCCAAGUCACCAAACAAGCAUAACAGAAUUUACGUUAAGGCUCAACCAAUUGACGAGGAAGUCUCCUUGGACAUUGAAAACGGUAUCAUCAACCCAAGAGAUGAUUUCAAGGCUAGAGCCAGAAUCUUGGCUGACAAGCACGGUUGGGAUGUCACUGACGCCAGAAAGAUUUGGUGUUUCGGUCCAGAUGGUAACGGUCCUAACUUGGUUGUUGACCAAACUAAGGCUGUUCAAUACUUGAACGAAAUCAAGGAUUCAGUUGUUGCUGCUUUCCAAUGGGCUACCAAGGAAGGUCCAAUCUUUGGUGAAAAUGUUAGAUCCGUUAGAAUCAACAUUUUGGAUGUUACUUUGCACGCUGAUGCUAUCCACAGAGGUGGUGGUCAAAUCAUCCCAACCAUGAGAAGAGCUACCUACGCUUCUAUGUUGUUGGCUGAGCCAGCUAUCCAAGAACCAAUCUUCUUGGUUGAAAUCCAAUGUCCAGAAAACGCCAUUGGUGGUAUCUACUCAGUCUUGAACAAGAAGAGAGGUCAAGUUAUCUCUGAAGAGCAAAGACCAGGUACUCCAUUGUUCACCGUUAAGGCUUACUUGCCAGUCAAUGAAUCAUUUGGUUUCACUGGUGAAUUGAGACAAGCUACUGGUGGUCAAGCUUUCCCACAAUUGAUCUUUGACCACUGGUCAGUCUUGAACGGUGACGUUAAGGACCCAUCAACCAAGCCAGGUUUGGUUGUUAAGGAGAAGAGAGAAAGACAAGGUUUGAAACCUGAAGUUCCAGGUUACGAAGAAUACUAUGACAAAUUGUAG